AUGGUUGAGGAAUCGCUGCUCGAGCGCAAGUACUUUGACGGGAUCUACAUCCCCGCCGGCCUUUUGGUCUUCGGCACCGUCAUCGUCAAGUCGGAAUGGACUCUCUACGCCGCCCUUGCGGCCCUCGUCUUGGGCGCCAUCAAGUAUCUUAGGAUGCUCCCCAAGAAGGUCCUCAAGCCCGAUGUCUUCCAGGAGUUCGAGCUCAAGGAGAAGACCGUCAUCUCCCACAACGUCGCCAUCUACCGCUUCAAGCUCCCCACCCCCUCCGCCAUCCUCGGCCUUCCCAUCGGCCAACACAUCUCCAUCGGCGCCGCCAUCGAGCAACCCGAUGGUUCCACCAAGGAGAUCGUGCGUUCCUACACGCCCAUUUCGGGCGAUCACCAGCCAGGCUACUUCGAUCUGCUCAUCAAGUCCUACCCGACCGGCAACAUCUCCAAGCACAUGGCCUCUCUGCAAGUCGGCCAGACGAUCCGCGUCAAGGGCCCCAAGGGCGCCUUUGUCUACACCCCCAACAUGGUGCGCCACUUCGGCAUGGUCGCCGGCGGCACCGGCAUCACGCCCAUGCUGCAGGUGAUCCGCGCCAUCGUGCGCGGCCGCGCGGCCGGUGAUCGCACCGAGGUCGAUCUCAUUUUUGCCAACGUCACUGCCCAGGAUAUCUUGCUCAAGGAGGAUCUCGACGCGCUGGUGGCCGAGGACAAGGGCAUUCGCGUGCAUUACGUCCUGGAUCGCCCGCCUGAGGGCUGGACCGGUGGUGUCGGCUACGUCACCCAGGAGAUGGUGGAGAAGUUGCUGCCUAAGGCCGCGGAGGACGUCAAGAUCCUGCUGUGCGGCCCGCCGCCCAUGAUCAGUGGGCUCAAGAAGGCGACGGAGGCGUUGGGCUUCAAGAAGGCUAGGCCGGUUAGCAAAUUGGAGGAUCAGGUGUUUGCUUUCUAA